AUGGCAGCGCAAGGUUGGCGCGCGUCGCACAAGCCGGUUGGGGGGCAAGUUGCCGGUUGCCGAUGNCCCCGCUGUAGCUCCACAACGAGAGACGCCCACAGGAUGACCAGGGUAUCGGCUUGUAGCUACGGGCUAGGCCUUCAAUUCAAGUCACGCAGCAAGCUCCACCUCUCAGCGGUAGUCCAGCUACAGCGCAUCGCGCAAUCUCGCUCUCAGUCAGAAACUUCGCUCUCAAUCACACGAAAACCUUGUUCUUCCCGUGCCUAUGCAUCAUACACAUUGCCAGUAGCUCUAGGUUAAACACAUCUCCGCCUGGGGCUUAUCAUCAAUACCCAGGAUCGUAAACAUCCCAAGUUGCACGAAAACAUGUAAGCGAGAACCAUAAAAGGUACUUCAAAUUGAAACAAUUUUCAAAUUGAAACAAUACAUACAUCUCUUGGUGUGACCGGUGGCAAUAUCGAUCAGCAAUGCCGCACAGACUUUUGCGCGCCGAAAUAUGCGUGCGACAGCUUUAACCCCACCACUUCGGUGGAAAGCGGAUUUCUGUUCAUUACGGUGUCAGGGGUACCAGGGAAGACGGGGCCGAGUUUUGUUUGAUUUCGGGUGGAUGAGGUUGGGGUUUUGUUCGUUUUUCUCCAUCUAAGGUUCGUGCCUAGAGUUCAGCUGUAGUGUUUCGACAAAAGUUUUGUUGACUUAGAGGCAAACAUUCCUAGCUAUUGGGCAUCGAGUUAACUUGGCUUGGCAUGACGGCCUUUACGAUCGACUUUUUAUGUAUGUCUGCAUUUAUCUGCAAUUGUCGGAGGGCAAACAAAAUA